AUGGCGAACGUGAGAUGCAGCGGCGGAGACACUAUUGCGAUCUGUGUCCGGAGCAUUAACGGCGAAUCGACGACCAUUCACGUUUCCUCCGACGAGACAAUUCAUGACCUUAAGGUUGCCCUAAAAUCCUCUUUCCCUCCCGCUUCUUCUUCUCCCAUAUUCCAUCUGUAUUUCAAGGGCAAGAAAUUGAGUUUGAACACUAGAGUGGCUGCUAUUAGUACCAAUGACGGUGAUAUCGUGAGUUUGAUUCCGUUUACUAAGAAGGAACGUCCACAAACUCCAAAACCGGAGUUACCAAAACCUUCCUUGAGUUCUGAGGCGACUCGAAGGUACUCAUCCUUGAAAGAUGAAAACGCUAAAGCAGCUGAGAACCAUUGUGUUGGGGAGAAACGAAAACGGGAUCAAGAAGCCUGUCCGUAUGGAUUCUUUAAUGGUGUUUUGGAGUCUGACUGUAAAGAUGCAUUUAAGGGUCAGAACAUAGAAAAGCUUGCUGCGGUUUUGAAGUCUAGUAAUUGCUUGACAUCUCCACGUUCUACAAAAUGCUUGAUGUCAUGGGAUACAACAAGUAGCUCUUUGUGUUCUUGUCCAGAUUGGGUGAAGUUGUGUAUGGAAACAUUCGCUUUUUUGAAUCUUUUUUCAUCUCUUAUUCAAUCACUUGGAGAAAAGUUGUAUAUAUCCCGCUUGAAGGAAUCUCUUUCCCGGUUAGCCAUGUCUGGAGUUCGUGUUGGUAUACAAGACGUAAAGAAUCUCUCACUUAUAUGCCCCAAGGUUGUAAAGGUUAUCACUGAUGACUUUGAGGCUGUGAACCAUGAGAAUGCUAUAGUGAUAGCUGAUUAUCCUGAGACUGAUAAAAAGCCAAGAUUUAAGAAAACUCCACUUGCAAAAGCCUUUAGUGCCAUGAAAAAACGGGAGACUUCCUUUAAGUCUGAAUUGUGGGAGUCCAUCAAAUCGCUACUGGUAAAGAAUACAGGUGAGAGUGGCAUAGCUAUUUCCUUUGAGGACAUGCUUAAAUUUUCCACUGAAGGUAGAGCUUUAGGUGGAAACAAAGCUAGACAGGCUGGGAAAGGCAGUUGUUCUUUCUCUGGUUCUCGUAAACCCCAGACUUUGUGUCAUGACACAAAUUCACUGCUACCAUCGGAGAUGGUUGAACAUCUCAGGCAUGGUAUUGGAUCUAAAGGACAGGUAGUUCACGUUGAAGUUAUCAAUGCUAGAAAAGCUGCCUGCGCCGAAAUGUCAGAAAAGCUCUCAGAAACAACCAAAUCUGCCUUGAAACGAAUUGGACUCCAUACAUUAUACAGCCAUCAGGCUGAAGCAAUUUCAGCAGCUUUGUCUGGGAAGAAUGUUGUGGUUGCAACUAUGACCUCCAGUGGAAAAUCUCUCUGCUACAAUGUGCCAGUCUUUGAGGAACUGUGUAAAGACACAGAUGCUUGUGCCUUAUACUUAUUUCCGACCAAGGCCUUAGCUCAGGAUCAAUUAAGAGCAUUGUCUGAUUUGAUAAAAGGAUACGAAGAAAGCAUAAACAUGGGAGUGUACGAUGGUGAUACACUUUAUAAGGAUAGAACAAGGCUGAGGAGUAAUGCUAGACUGCUGAUCACAAAUCCUGAUAUGUUGCAUAUGUCAAUUAUGCCUCUCCAUGGACAAUUCAGCCGGAUUUUAUCUAACCUUAGGUAUGUUGUGAUCGAUGAAGCCCAUACUUACAAGGGACCAUUUGGCUGCCACACAGCCCUUAUAUUGAGAAGACUUCGCCGCCUGUGUUCCCAUGUUUAUGGAUCCAAUCCUUCUUUCAUUUUUUGCACUGCAACAUCUGCUAAUCCUCGAGAACAUUGCAUGGAGCUUGCAAACCUAUCUGAGCUCGAGCUGAUAGAAAAGGAUGGAAGUCCUUCCUCUGAAAAGCUUUUUGUCCUGUGGAAUCCAUCAGUUCUUCCAACAAGUAAACCUGAAGAAAGUUUGAAAGUCGUUGGUAGUAGUGAAGGUGCUGCUGCAGAUAAACCAUCUGGAGUUGCUGCUAUUACACCAUCAAGCCCUGCUUCUGAAGUUUCACACCUCUUCGCAGAGAUGGUUCAGCAUGGCCUACGUUGCAUUGCUUUUUGUCCAUCUCGCAAACUCUGUGAACUUGUUUUGUGUUUGACACGUGAAAUUCUAGCAAAGACUGCCCCUCAUUUGGUUGAAGCCAUAUCCUCAUAUCGUGGAGGCUACAUUGCUGAGGACCGGAGGAAAAUAGAGAGCGAUUUAUUUGGUGGAAAACUUUGUGGUAUUGCUGCAACAAACGCACUUGAGUUGGGAAUUGAUGUUGGUCACAUCGAUGUAACUCUUCAUUUAGGUUUUCCCGGCAGUAUUGCCAGUCUUUGGCAGCAAGCCGGUCGAUCUGGAAGACGACAACGGCCUUCUCUUGCCGUAUAUGUUGCCUUCGCCGGUCCGCUUGACCAAUACUUCAUGAAAUUCCCGGACAAACUCUUUCGUAGCUCCAUUGAGUGCUGCGUUAUUGAUUCUCAAAAUGAGCAGGUCCUUGUGCAGCAUUUGGCUUGUGCUGCUAUUGAGCAUCCAUUGAGCUUGCAGUAUGAUGAACAACACUUUGGUUCUGGCAUAAGUGACGCUCUUGGGUCGCUCAGGAAUAGAGGAUAUUUGAGUUUUGAUCCAUCCCGUGAUUCUUCUUCUAGAAUAUGGACCUAUAUUGGUCGAGAGAAAAAGCCUACGAAGAAAGUCUCUAUCCGGGCCAUAGAGACAGUAAGAUACAGAGUCAUGGAAAAAAGAAGUGAAGAUCUUCUAGAUGAAAUCGAGGAAAGCAAAGCAUUUUUCCAGGUAUAUGACGGAGCUAUUUAUAUGAACCAAGGAAGGACCUAUCUGGUCACGAGUCUGGAUAUAAAAGAAAAGAUAGCUUGGUGUGAAUUAGUAGACGUGGAUUACUACACCAGGACUCGGGAUUACACUAAUAUCAAUGUAACUGGUGGUAACACUGCUUACGAAUUAAAGGCUCCUAAGAACCGUCUUAAUAAGACAACAGCUCAAACACAUGCAUGUAUUGUAACAACAAAGUGGGAUGGAUUUCUUCGUAUCCGAAGAAGAAACGAUGAAGUAAUUGAUGAUGUUGAGCUGACACUCCCAGGUUACUCUUACCAAUCACAGGCUGUUUGGAUUCAAGUUCCUGUGUUAGUAAAAUCAGAAGUGGAGGAGGAAAAGUUGUCAUUCGGUGCUGGUUUACACGCCGCUUGUCACGCUCUUCUCCACGUUGUUCCACUAUUUGUGCGCUGCAACUAUUCAGACUUAGCUCCAGAAUGUCCAAAUACGAAAGAGCAGUAUUUCCCAACAAGAAUCUUACUAUAUGAUCGUCAUCCCGGAGGAACUGGCAUCUCCGCCAAGAUCCGUCCACUAUUCACAGAGCUUCUAGAAGCUGCUCUUGAUCUCUUAAAGUCUUGCCGCUGCUCAGCUGAAACCGGUUGCCCCAGUUGCGUUCAGAAUUUUGGUUGCCAAGGGUACAAUGAGCUCAUACAUAAGGAAGCAGCCAUCAUGAUCAUACAGGGCGUUUUGGAGUCGGAGAAAUUAUAUUUCGAAGACCAAGAUGAUUGAUUCAUCAUGAUUCAUGAGACGACGUCUCAACAAGGCUCUUGUUCGGAUUGGAGUUUACACGUUACAGUAGCUGAUUUUUUUAAAUUAAAUUCAUUAAAAAUAGAUUUGAUAGGCAAACAAACUACUAAACA